CUUCUGGAGGGCCACCCUUUGCGGAUGUCCUUAAUCUUGUGUUGCAAGAUCGCCCAGCGUUCAGCUUAUAAUAGGACUCACGUUGGCAUCCUGAAUUGCUGCGCCCAGCUGGAUAGCGAGGCGGAUCUCUUGGAGUCUCAUUGCUUCGACUCGCCGACUCUCAGAGGUUGCCCAGAAUGUUCAUCAAACCAUCAAUCUUAGUAUUCCCUCAGGUCAGGACAUGGUAGCUGCAACGCGAGAGUACCUAGAUGACAUUCGGACUGCACUCCGAGAUGCUUCGUCGCCGGUCACAGUAAUACAAGCAGAUGCAAUACAGCAAUUGGCCAACGCGUCGUUACAGCUCGAUGCUGUCGAGGCAUUACUGCGCAAGACCCUGAGAGGGGCAUUGAGGCUUCAGGCUGACGUCUCAACUAUUCUACAAACGGUAUCUGCACUGCUUUCCAGCAAUGACAACCGAGCCAAUUACGAAGUGGCAAAGUCCAACUAUGAGAUUGCAAAGUAUGCCGUACGCGUAGCCGAGUUAGCCCGACGAGACAGCACAGACAUGCGGGUCAUCGCCGCCGCAACUUUCGUGUUCCUUCCCGGUACAUUCGUCGCAACAUUCUUCAGUACUAGCUUCUUCGACUUCUCGCCACGUGACGACGCCUUGGCCUCGAAGUGGCUGUGGCUGUACUUUGUGCUCACCAUAGCUCUGACCUGCGCAUGUGUCGUUGCGUGGCGCUUGCUUUCCAAUGCGGGGAUAAAGGAGACUGCGAAGUUCAGUGUCAACCUUGGUGAGAGCUUCAACUGGGAUGCCACACCGAGCAGUCCAGCGAGUCACAUCCCGCUGCGUCAGCUAGGUCAAGGCUUACGGCUGCCUAAACCCCGGCGUGCACGAACAACGCCAUACAACCUUGGACAGGCUCAAGCGGGCGCUCAAGCAACGCCUUGAUGCGAGAACUGUCCCUGCCACCUUGAGCGGCGCGGCUUACGUCGGAGCACCUAGAUACUCUGAGAGUCAAUCCCGUCAACAUUUCCCAUAGCAAUCAGACCAAAGCUAAAUCCUAGACGGAGAUGUAUGCAUAGGGUUCUUUGUCUACCUUCUCUACCGCAGAAAAGUGUCCGACUCCCAGUCCGUAUGAGUUGUGUGACAUUUCAGCUAUCGCAAGCCCUUAAGGGCUGGCGGCGGUUUUAGGUAGACCUCUACACCUUCGAUGCGUCGCGACAUCGCC